AUGUCUUCCAGACCUUCAAACCACCACUUUGGAUCUUCCGGCUCAACAUCAUCAGCACAAUCAGGCUCCGACUCGGACUCAUCCUCUUCCAGCUCCGGUCACAGACACAGCAUGGACUCAAUCGCUCUUCCUAUUGCCUCGGUCGAGGUGCUUCGCUGCAUGCGAUGCGCUCGCUCAGUCGAGACCACUUCCACCGACGACGUCACCACCAUGGGAAUGGUUCGCAUCGCGCACAACCUCUACUACUGCGAACGCUGUGCAAAGAUGGUCGGCUACAAAUAA